UUUCCUGUGUGUUAGCUAGCUAACACUCAAUUAUUGGACAAAAAGGAUCUUAUCUUGCAAUUAACAAAAUUCUAUUUCACAUGAUUCCUUUAUCUGUACCAACUCUUUUGUCUUUGAUUAUCAUUUGAAGAUUGAAAAGUAGUAGUAUUAGUUGAUUGAUUAUUUGACAGGUCUACGAGAACAACACCCCUUAUUACUUUCCAAGAACUAACUUACCCUGUUACUUCUUUUUAGAUUGAUUGCAAAUACUCUAUCUUGGCUUGCUAGUAACAAUAUGUUGCAUUCGAUAGUUGCCGUAUAUCGUUAGCCACAAAAUUGUUGUUGUUUUUCAAUUAACAUGUCUCAAAUUCUAUAUGUUUUCCUCUUUCUCCAUGUAUCAUUUCCUCGUUUCUCCGCUACUACCUAUACAUCAUCAUCAUCCCAUCGGACACCGGCCAGUAAAAACUCCUCAUCCUCUCUAUGUCCUCUUGAUUUUGAUGCUUUUCGUAAAAUGAUCGACAGAUCCAAUGAAUAUGUCACUAUGAAUGUCACCACACAGUGCCACUACAUUCGUCAAGGCAUCCGUCUACUCCAAUCCGACUAUCUCCGCCGCACCAACUAUUCCUUUUUGCCUCCCCUUAAAUCUGUCGAGUCAUGCUGGAGUACCUAUGAGAACCUGGUCGAUGACUUCAUCCCCAAAUUCAACAUUAGCAGCUCCUGCGGCUUCAAUGCUACCUUAUGGAGCUCUCCGCGUUGUAUGAAUAUCACCUCUCGCACUGAAUUCGAGUCUAGACUCUCACCUGUAGCCCUCUCUGAUCUCAUUUCUUCCUGUAACCGUUCUCUUGAGAACAGUUCCCCCUGCGGCACCUGCAUAACCAGUAUCUCCAAGCUACUUGCUAGCCUUUCCAAUGCCGAUUGUACUGGUUCCGCGUUUAUCUACACAGCAGCAUUCGCCAAUCACUUUGGGCCUACCAACAGAGAUACUGCAAGAUGCCUAUUUGCUUCCGAUAUAACUGCAGCUACAUAUUCCAAUCAAAGUAAUACUAGUAAGAAGAAUUUUAGUACCAUCAUUGUCAUAGCCGUAGUAGUAUGUGGGUUGCUUUUUAUAAUUCUCAGUAUGUUUGGUUAUUGGUUUUCGUUGCGGAGAAACAAAUUGAGCUGCAAGUGGGAAAAUAUCAGAUUUGAUAGUAAUUUGGGUUCAAUGAGAGGAACCACAACUCUGGUUAGGUUCACUUUCGAUGAAAUUAAAUCAGCCACGAGAAAUUUCUCGAGGGAAAAUAUUAUUGGGCUAGGAGGGUACGGGAAUGUGUACAAGGGCGUUUUGACUAGUGGAUGUGAAGUAGCUCUGAAGAGGUUCAAGAAUUGUUCGGCAGGUGGUGAUUCGAGUUUUAUUCAUGAAUUGGAGGUAAUUGCCAGUGUUAGGCAUGUCAAUUUGUUAGGCUUGAGAGGAUAUUGCACUGCCACAUUUCCUUUGGAGGGUCACCAGAGGAUUAUUGUCUGUGAUUUGGUGAAACAUGGCAGUCUGUAUGAUCAUUUAUUUGGGUUGAGAUGCAACAAAUUGAGUUGGCCCAUUAGGCAGAGAAUUGCAAUUGGCACUGCUCGAGGCUUAGCUUACUUGCAUUACGGAGCACAACCGGCUAUCAUUCAUAGGGAUAUAAAGUCUAGUAAUAUACUUUUAGAUGAGAAUUUUGAGCCCAAGGUUGCGGAUUUCGGAUUAGCAAAGUUUAACCCCGAGGGAAUGACGCACUUGAGCACUCGCGUGGCAGGGACAAUGGGAUACGUAGCGCCUGAAUAUGCACUGUAUGGUCAACUGACAGAAAGGAGCGAUGUUUACAGCUUUGGAGUCGUACUUCUUGAGCUUUUGAGUGGGAAGAAAGCUCUUAUAGCAGUUAAUGAUGGAAAGCCCACGCUCGUGACAGAUUGGGCAUGGUCACUGGUUAGAGAAGGGAGACCAUUAGAUGUCGUAGAGGAAAAUACUCCAGAUUUGGAUCAUCCAGAAAUUUUGGAGAAGUAUGUUAUGGUAGCUGUUCUCUGUUCUCACCCCCAGUUGUACGCGAGGCCAACGAUGGAUCAGGUCGUAAAGAUGUUGGAGGCUGACAUUCCAGUUCCGGUUAUACCUGAGAGACCAAUUUCUCUCAUUGCUGAUCUUGAUGAUAUCGACAGGUCGAUUAAUAGCAGCAAUGGAUCGGGUUAUAUGUCCACAUCUACAGGCUAUCAACUAUACAAUUUUGAGCAUAAUGGAACCCCUGGAAGAUGAAUCGUUCUGUUUAAACUGCAUUGAAUUAUUUUGAGGAAUCUGAUUCGAUUGUUACCCAGAAAAUGUUCUGGUUGGAUCCUUUUUUGGUUCAUUUGCAGUGGAUAUGUUAGGAACAAAUGACAUAGAAUAUCCACACAAAUUGUACAGUGAAUAUGCAUAUCUAGUAAGCAUUCAAUUUUUGAGAUACAAAUUACUGGAUUGUCAUGUGCUUAUUUUUCCGAUGAAUGAGCUGAUACGCAAGGUUGAAGCCCCGAGGAUACUUACAUAAUUGAUCCUAGGCAAAACGUGUUUUAUUAUUGGCAGCCAAAUUAAUAUAUCCGGGCAUGCAAAAUGUGCAUACAUCAAGUUUUUUUAAAAAUCUGUAGCUAAAUGAUUUUCUUAAUAGUAAGGUACGAAUAUGU